UAAUGACAACUACGGAAUCUAAUCCUGGCUGGGCAGAUGCUCUACAAAAAAUCUUAAAAACAAAUAAGCCGAAAAGAAAAAGGACAAUUGUGUUGUCUAAAGCUAAAAAGUAUAACGACAUAGUGAGAAAAAAAGACAGUUCGUCUUUAGAAACUGAUGCAGUUACAAAAGAGGAAGAAAAAUUAGAAACUAUCGAAGGCAAAGAGAACCUAUUGUUGACAAAAAGAAAACAAAAACAGAAGGAUAAUUUGGGUAUAAGGGUGAAACCAUCUAUUACUGAUAGAGAACAUGAGAAACUUCUACAAAAAAUUGCAACAAAAGGUGUAGUACAAUUAUUUAACGCAGUAAGGCAACAACAAACACAGACAAAUCAGAAAUUAUUGAAUGCUGGACCUUUAGAAAGAAAACGUGAACAGGUAUUAAAAAAUAUUGACAAACGCGCAUUUUUGGAUGUACUUAUGGGAGAAUCAAAAAGUAUUCCUGUCGACAAGAGUAUCGAGUGCCAAGAAGAAGAAAAGAGAAAUAAUGAAGAAAAUAAAGAGGACAAAGUUUGGUCUGUCUUGCGAGAUGAUUUUGUUAUGGGAGCAAAGUUAAAAGAUUGGGAUAAAAAGCAACUAAAUGAUGAAGAUUCUUCAACCCCUGAAGAUAUAGAUAGUGAUGAAUAGAAAUACAAAAAUAAUUUUAUAAAUUAUAUAAAAAUGUCUAAAAUAUUACAAAUUUUUAGGAGACCAAAUGAUCAUAAAAUUAUAGAUCUCUUAUUAAAUUUUUUAUUUUAUUUAAUAACGCCUGUUCAAUAAUCCUUUGUAAACUACAUGCUAACAAUGAUAAUGUGUAUAGUAUAUAAUUUCUCUGUAUAAAUUAUAAUUAUAAUACACAUUUGACUUCAUAUGAAA